AUGGAGGGAAUUUUCGGCUUCUAUGCUCAGCUAGAACCACCAGUAGAACAAUACUGGGGUCUACCACUACGAUGGAUUGGCUGUCAACUCUCAAACCUGGAUAAUAAGAAUGUUUAUCAAGUCGCGAAAGCGCAGCAUGAUGAUGUCGUGGGUGCUAUUCUGUGGGCAAUGUUAUGGGAGCCAGCGUGGAGUGACAUCCACAUUUCAAAGACUGGAUUUGCCAAGAGGGACGGCUUUCCAACGUGGUCAUGGUCCGGCUGGAAAGUCGGAGUGAGAUGGAACUUCUUGGACAACGUCAAGCAUCUGGAAAAGAGCUUCAAAGUGCCUCUGUUUGCGGAAACAACAGCAGGGGGAGUCGUGGAACUUAACGACGCGCUCGCACGGUCGCUCACUUCUGGUGGAUCUUACGCAAGUUUGGGGUUGACCUGUAUCUUGAGAAUAACAACCAAGGUUUUCGAUGUGCCUUUCAUAGAACGCGCGCCCUAUAGGCCCACGAAAACCUGGGCAAAGAACGACUCGUUUCCUACAAGACGCAAAAGCCAGCACUGGGUCACCAAGGAGGAUCACUCCCUCGAAGGCAAAUGGACUCAUUUUGUUGUUCAAAAGAACAUUGGAACGCUUGAAAGAGGGAUUGUGUGGUCGUUGGAUCUUACGGGUGGCGGGGCUGCAAGUGUUUCACACCUUGCUUUCGACACCGACACCAUCGGCCUCAAUCCCAUGACACUCCGAUGUAUAGUUAUAAGUUACGAUUACGGGAUGAUUGUGCAGUCCAGCAAUGGCAUCUCUAGGCGAGUCGGGCUGUUGCGCUUCGAAGGGGAGUUCUUCGAGAAUGGUCGAAUAAGUACUGACAACUACGGGCACCACGAUGAUAGCGUGAUAUGGCCAUGGACUGCCUCGGUCCAGAGUAGAGAUCUUAGAGACCACUUUCCUGGUGUGGAGCGGACUGUACGUCUAGGCUAG